AUGGCUCACCCCGAUCCCGGGGACGGAAAAACGGAUACGACCUUCGGAAUCAGUAUGAAGGUGCGGAAGGAUGGGCGCUGGGGUGGGGCCUGCCUGCCUGCCCGCCUGCCGUCGCACGGGAUGGCUCCUUCCGAAGUCGGAACUGCGCAUUCUGCGGCACGCCGCCUCGCUCAAGGGCCAUUGCCACCUCCACCCACGCUCGCACCAUGUGAACCCUCGCAGACCACCACCGACUCCGACAUAACGGGGCGGGUGGUGGAGGACUGCGUGCGUUGGAUGAGCGGUCACGCCCUACACCGGGAGGGCCUCUUCACCGACCCUAGCCAUGUGGACGGCAAGAAGCUCCUGGCCUUGCGCAAGGCGUACGAGGCCGGCAAACGCCCCCUUCGCCGCAGCUGUGGACCCCAUGACCCCCUCACUCUACUGCGCCGCGCGCUGCGCAGCAUGGACGGCGCGGCCCAGGACACCCUGUACGCCCUGUUCGAGUUCCUGCACCACCACUGGAUCAACCAGCGCGACAGGAGGCAGGCCCUGUGCCAGCUGGCGCGCCUAUUUGGGCCGCUCGUCGUGGGCGCCCGGCGCGGUGCGACCCCCGCCCAGCCCGCCUGCCACGCGGCGCUGGAGGCGACGGCGGCGCUCAUCGCCGACUUCCGCCGCCUCUUCGUCCAGCCCAUGAAGCUGCAGCGCUACCUCGCCGACCUCGACCUGCCUGAUGAGUGCGGUGAGGCGGGCGCGGGCGCUACUGACACGAGCAGCGAGACGGCAGACGCCACGUCAGGACCGGAGCAGGAGACCUGCCCCGACCCAGAGCUGGUGGCAGUACUAGAUGGCAUGCUGGGGGACAUCCUGGGCGUGUCCCUGGCCGGCGCGGCCAAGGCGGCCAAGGAGCCGUGGUCGCCCACCGGCAUCGCGGACGCUGGCGCGUUUGAGCUGGACGGCAUGUCCGAGAGCUCCUCCUUCUCCAGCGCGGAGGACGGGGAGGAGGACAGCCCCCAGCGCCGGCUCUGGGGCUCGCGCGGGGGCUGCGUCGCCGGCGGCCCGCCCCUUCGCCUCGUGGUGUAG